ACUGAUGUCAAAUUCAACACAGGGGGCUUCAAGGAGACGGACCGCAUCAACUACAUGAGGAACCACUGGCUGCUGAUAGGUCAUCACGAAACCCCUCCCGCGGCCCACACCAAGAUCCUGGAGAAGUUUCCCGAGAACAUCCCACGUCACCCGGAGAACAUCAUUCCCACCGGGGCUGAAAAGAACAAAGAGGAGGUAAUUGACAUGGACAGAGAGGAGCAGCAGCAGGUUCAGGUUCCCAUCGUUGACCUCAUCGAGGAGACCAAGCAGCAGCAGCAGCAGCAGCAGCACAAGCUGGAAGCCCCAGUGGACUCGAUCUUGAAGGACAUGGCCACUGUCAUAUUCAGCACCUUCCUCCUGGCAGGAUGGGUGGCCUUCGUCAUCACAUACCCAAAGAACGUGCAGAAGCAGCAGCAGCUGCAGCACCAGCAGUUCCAGAAGCAGAUGGAGGAGAAGAUCGAGCUCCUGCAGAGACAGCAGCUUGUGUUCCAGCCACCGAUCGAGCUGGGCCAGGAUCCCGACUUCCUGGACGUGGCCCAUCGCACCCGCACCGAGAGCUCCGCAAACAGCAGCCCCCGCGCCUCCAACCACUCGUUGCACUCCAACCUGUCCCUGUCCGAGAUGGGCAGCUCUGCCACGGAGCACGACGAAGGAGAUGACGAUUCUAAUGAAGUGAGGGUUGGAAACAUUGCAUUUAAUCCAAAAGAAGUGUUGGGCCACGGGGCUGAAGGCACCAUUGUAUACAAGGGCAGGUUUGAUAACCGGGGUGUCGCGGUGAAAAGGAUCCUGCCCGAGUGCUUCAGCUUCGCGGAUCGGGAGGUGCAGCUGCUCCGCGAGUCUGACGAACACCCCAAUGUCAUCCGCUACUUCUGCACCGAGAAGGACCGGCAGUUCCAGUACAUCGCCAUCGAGCUCUGCACAGCGACUCUGCAGGAGUACGUAGAGCAAAAAGAUUUUGACCGCCACGGUCUGGAUCCAGUUUCUCUGCUGCAGCAAACGAUGUCCGGUCUGGCUUACCUGCACUCUCUCAAUAUUGUUCACAGGGACCUGAAGCCCCACAACAUCCUGCUCUCCAUGCCAAGCGCGCACGGCCGGGUGAAAGCCAUGAUCUCGGACUUCGGGCUCUGCAAGAAGCUGGCCGUCGGCAGGCACAGUUUCAGCCGCAGGUCGGGGGUCCCUGGCACAGAGGGCUGGAUCGCUCCGGAGGUGCUGAAUGAGGACUGCAAGGAGAACCCUACCUAUGCUGUUGAUAUCUUCUCCGCUGGCUGCUUGUUCUACUAUGUAGUGUCCGAAGGCAGCCACCCAUUUGGCAAGUCCCUGCAGCGGCAAGCCAAUAUUUUGUUGGGCACUUACAUGCUUGACCAGUUCCAGCCCGACAAUCAUGAGGGCCUUGUUGCUAAUGAACUAAUUCAGCAAAUGAUAAGCAUGGACCCUCGAAAGCGUCCGUCAGCGGAGUGUGUGUUAAAACACCCCUUCUUCUGGGGCUUAGAAAAACAACUGCAGUUCUUUCAGGAUGUGAGCGACCGGAUAGAAAAGGAGCCUCUGGAUGGGCCCAUAGUGAAAGAGUUAGAGCGAGGAGGAAGAAGCGUGGUGAAGUUUGACUGGAGAGAGCACAUCACUGUACCUUUACAAACAGAUCUCCGAAAAUUCCGAUCCUAUAAAGGAGGUUCAGUAAGAGAUCUCCUUCGUGCGAUGAGAAACAAGAAGCACCACUACAGGGAGCUGCCUGUGGAAGUGCAGGAGACGCUGGGGUCCAUCCCAGAUCACUUUGUGUGCUACUUCACAUCCCGCUUCCCCCACCUCCUGCUCCACACGCACCACGCCAUGCAGCUCUGCAGCGAGGAGAGGCUGUUCCAGCCUUACUACUACACAGGGGAGGGGGAGCAGCGACACAGACACUCACCCCUGCCCGAGACCGGCGACUCUCCGUGAGCGGCAUUGCCUCACUCCGCAAGAGACAUUCCAGGACCGAGGCUGAGCUCCGUGGUGGACUGAGCUCAAUGCGAAGUGCCUUCGUUCCCUUGCAGCGUGUCUGAAGGAUAUGGGAGCGGACAGCCUGCUUUCUGCACCGCGCUUGUGUUUAAACUGACUGGGAGUGACGAGGACAGUCCUGCUGCUAUUGCGGCAUUGACACCCUUUCAGUCCUGUUUUAAACUUUUAGUUUCUUUUUUUCUUAUUAUAUUUGAUUUGUGGUGCAUCGUGCACAAGCUGCUGCACUGUUGGACAGCAAGAUGUGUGAUGGGAAAAUCAAGUAUCGUUUUAUCAGCUCUACUGUGAAGCAGGUUCCAUGGCAAGGUCAUACUAACUCUGCUAUUUAAAGAAUAAAUAUAUAUCUUUUUUUUUUUUGUAAGACUUUUUUAGGCAUUAAGGUGCAACACUUUUUUAACGUUUGUCCAUCGAAGAAUGGUUUUCUUUUUUACUUUGUUCAUGUAGCUUAAACAUGAGGGUCUCGGUCCCUCCCACCCAAUACGAGUUUCAGUAUUUAAAGGGCUCAUUUUACUAUUUUUUUUUUUUCUGUGGAAAAUCCCUUGCAUGGCAUUGGCCUCUUAUCUUUCAUGGGUUCAAAACAGCUAUUGAUUCCCCUUGUCACGUGACCAGGUACACCCUUGGAAACCCUUGGUGUGGUGAAUGUUCUGUACAGUAAAUACUAACCAGGGCUGUGUGGAUCACAGGUGAGUGUGUGUGCUUGUGUAAUCAAUCACUUCUCCAGCCACGGGAGUGUCUGUCACAUUCAAUAGGAACACACCGUCCCUCCCCUCAAAGUAGUAGACACUGAGAACUGCUUCAGUGGUUUACAACCUUUCCAAGUGGAAUUGCUCUUCGUUCUCGUGUUGUUGGCUAGAAGCUGGGCUUUCAUGUAACGCUUUCCUCAAGUUUCAUUCACAGAUCACAGCUGCCCUGCCUCUUGCUGGUUGGAGGCAGAGGGGAAUGACUGGAGACUUUAUUAAUCUAUUUAAUGAAAAAGCUCAGUGGUAUCUGUAUAAUUGAAGCCAGUUUGAAAAUAGACCAGUGAAACAGUGUGUUGGGGUGGGCCUUUUUUUAAAUUAUUUUUUGUUUUGUUUCUUCUCACUGUACAUGCAUUCACCAAAGUGCCAGAUUAUCAUUUGAAGCAUUUUAGCAAUGUUUGGAAUGUGCAACCGGGAUUGACACUGGACUGUUUUCAAAACAUUGCAUUAACUAGGAAGGUAGUCCUGUUUUUGUUUGGUUUAUUUAUUUUUUUUUUUUUUUUUUUUUUUUGCUAUUUACACAUCUGUAAGAGGACUUUUUACUGUAAGUGCAGUAUUUCUUGACGUGUCAUGAUCUGUUUGGACUAGGUGCUGGAUUUCAGUUGGGGGGGGGGAGUUAUUAUUUUAAUCCCUAUUUGGAUAUCCAGUGCUGUAGAGACACAGUUCAUUUGAAUGGGGGUACUUGGCUUUUAGAAGCUGUUUAUUUUUAGAACUUCCUAAAGAAUAUUCUUUAGAGCAAAUCUCUCUUUUUUUUUUUUUUUUUUCUUCCCCCCCUGUAAAGCUAACUUAUUUAUUUAAGAUGAAGUUUCAGAAUGCUGUAAUUUCUGCAUUUUUGUGGUGUUGCUAAUAUGCAAGCAGUUCUUCAAGGUAAAAUGCCAAAUAAUCAAAAUGUAUGUUUUAAAUUGGGUGCUUCAGUGGUUUGGGAUGAUAUGAAUUCUUACCAAUAUGUAAUCAUAAAAACGGGAUUGAUUAUAUAUAAUAUGUUUUCUAUUUGCACUAAUUGUUAUGGAAAAUCUGUCAUUGUCGGAAAUUGAAAUAAAUUCUGUGUAAUUUGUACUUUUGUGUUAAAUUAUUUUGUUUAAAUUCUGUUAUUUUAUUGAUGUAUCGGGGAAACACAGUCCUGCUGUCCUCAACAUCUAAGUACAUGCUGACGGUCUAAAGGCCACUGUGGACCACCUAGUAAAAACCUCUAGUAAACUAGAGACAAAGACAUAGCAUCCGGUGUAAUACAGAAAUGAUCUAGACAAGCACACUGUCUUCUAAACGUCAUUCCGCCCUAGAGUGUUGUCCCCAGAUCUGUAGAAUUGUUUGGAAUGGAUUCAAUUUUCGUGCAAGUUGCUGCCCUCCCAG